CCCGGGGCCGGUGCUGGGGCAGCGGAGCACGUGGCGCUCCGGGACCGGGACCGGGACCGGGAUCGGCCGCGCCAUGGCGGCGCCCCCGGACGAGCUGCGCCGGCCCCGGCUCGCGGAGAGGGGGGCCGGCGCUGAGCCCUCGGCGCCGCCGGGUGAGUGCGGGGGGGAGGCGACCCCCCGGCCCCCCGCAACCUGUGUCCCCCCCGCAGCCGCCGCCUGGCAGCCCCGGAGCCGCCCGGCCCACGACGGGGUGCGGACAGAGCUGAUCCCCCACGAGCAGCGCUGCGUCGCCAUCGCCAGCGACAUCUUCCAGCGGCUCCUGGCCGGCGACUCCGCGCUGCAGGGCUGCAAGAGCAGCCUGGCCGCCUUCCUGCUGGAGAGAGAGGUGCCGCCUGCCAGUGCAAGCUGCCAGGAGAGCUACGAGCUGGUGGCGCUGGGCACAGGCAAGGCUGGGGCCAGGGCUGGGGCCUUCCUAGAGUUUGGGGGUCGGCGGCUCCAUGACACUCAGGGGCUGGUCCUUGCUCGACGGGCACUGCAGAGGUACCUGUACAAGCAGCUGCUGUUGUGGGGGCAGCAGUUGGACACCCCUGCCCAGGCCCACUGUAUCCUGGAGCUGGAGGGUGAUGGGGGGCGCCUGGGCCUCAAGCCCGGGGUCUUCCUGCACCUGGUCCUGGCCCAGAAGCCCAGUGGGGCCCCCUCUAGCCCCCUGGUGCUGUGCCCCGGGCAGCAGCUGCUGGCCCACGGCCCAGGCAGACUGGCCCCGCUGAGCUGGUGGCGUCCGGCGGUCCUGGCCUCUCGCGUGGUCAGCAUCAGCGGCAAUGCCAAGUUGCUGCGCUGGGAGGCGCUGGGGCUGCAGGGUGCCUUGCUCAGCCUCUUCCUGCAGCCACUGCCCCUGACCAGCCUGGUCCUGGCGGACCCCUGGGCCAGCCAGGCCCAGCUGAGGGCCCCGUGCCCGGUGCUGCCCCCGCUGCCACCUCCCUACGACACCCAGCGCCCGGCGCACGUGUUUCAGGGGCCCCCCAUGGCUCCCCCACCUGCCAGAUCCCAGCCCCCAGCCCUCAGCCUCAACUGGUGCUUGGGCGACAAGGCUGUGGAGGUGGUGGAUGGGGCAAUGGGUAGGGUCCUGCCCAGCCCACUGUGCCCCGCCGGAUGCCCCCAGCCCAGCCGGCUGUGCAAGGCAGCCAUGCUGAGCUACUUCCGGCAUGCAGCCACGAUGCUCAGCCAACCCCAUCUUCUGGCACUGCCCACCUACCGCCAAGCCAAGGACCAUGCUGAGGCCUAUCAGAGUGCCAAAGCCCAGUUCAGCGCCCACCUGGCCCGCAGCAGCCUGGGCAACUGGCCCCAGAAGCAGCUGGUGGACAAUUUCCCCUCGUAGCCACUGGCGAUGGGGUGGGAGGGCAGCAAAGCCUCAUGGGAAGCAGGGGGAGUUCACUCUUUGUUGUGUGGGGGUGCAGGGGGGGUCUGCUUACGCUGGGGGAGAGGAGGAUUCUCCCCCUGUGCCUGGUGGGAGGAGACAAGCAGGUUGGGGGGGCGGAGCCUCCAGGUUUUGGAGGCGGGGUUUGUCCCCCUAGUAAUGGUUAAUGCUGUUUAGUUUGGGGGGAAUUGAACAUUAAAGCAGCCUGUUGUGCACA